GUCACUAUCAUUUUUUUUUGCAUGCAGGGGGGGCAUGUAACUGGAGCAAGGCCAAGGCACAGAUAGUCUAGCACAUUUGGCCCCACCCCCUCUCUUUGCAAGUUUGAAAUGUGAGCUGCCUGCAUUUUUUUCCCUUCCUUUUCUCCUUCUUCCCCUCCCCUCGCCUCGCCUCCCCUCCUCCGCUUGCCUGCCUGCCUGCUGGCAAGGAGGCUCUGCGCUGCCGGCGGACACGCAGCAGUGAGCGAGCGAGUGUGUGUGUGUGCGAACUCACCGGCCAGCGAGAGUGGAUGUGAUUGUGUGUCUGGGCAGAGCAUACAAUGGAUCGCUAAGCGGAAAAAAGGAAGGCGCAUCAAUACGGAGGCAGUCGCCGGACACGGCGGGAGAGAGCGAGGAGGCAGAGCCCCUGGGCGCAAGGCAGCGGGGGUUUGGAGCCAGAAUGUUUGGGAAGGGCGCUGUCGGCGGGCGAGACCGGCAGCUCUUGACGUCCUCACUGUGCUGCGAGCUUUUAAAAGCCGACUCGCGCCUCGGUCGCAGCUGAUGCCUUCUCCUUUUGUGCAUCAUCUGUGCUUUGGCGGCUUCCUGUUUGUCCUGCAAGCAACAUGCAAGAUGGACACUUGGUUUGCUUUGUAGGACAACAUUGUCCAGUUUGAAUUUGUCCCAAAGUCAAUUACUGACGGCUUGCUCGGACACUCUGGACAACUUGUGACAAACGAAAAGGCAAAAGAAUGAAAACAACACGGUGGAAAAGGCAGCAAAGCGUCUUGGCUUUGGUUUUCCGGCCGCCGCGACAGCCGCCGCGACAGCCGCCGAGCCCGUUUGGCCCACUUGUGCGCCUCGUGCACGAGGGGGUCAAAAUGGCCUCCGUUAUCUUCUGUGAGUCGCAUUGACCUACUUGAGGCGGCGUUCCUGGCCAGACUCUCGGCACUUUAUCGCUGUAGCCCUCACCUCACAGAUACGCCAGCAACUUUUGCUUUUGGAGAUUCGGGACCGUUUGGCAGCAACGGGAACGAUCUCCCCAAUGGGCGGCUGCUGUGCGGAGCUGCGCCCACCCUGCGUUCGUAUUCUCACUCUUCUGUCGUCGUGGUGCGAAGAGCUGGGCCGCCUCCUCCUGCUGCGUCACCAAAAGAGCCGGCAGAACGAGCCCCCUGGAAAAGUGCCCAUGCAGCCCCCCAUGAGCUCCAUGAAGCCUGCUUUCUCGCACGGUGACGGGUCUUCACCCUACGACUCGGUUCCCUGGCAACAGAAUGCCAAUCAGCCUCCGGGUUCACUGUCUGUGGUGACCACCGUGUGGGGCGUCACCAAUACCUCGCAGAGCCAGGUGUUGGGUAGCAACAGCAACAAUCCCAUGAACCCAGGCGGCAACCCGAUGGCGUCGGGGAUGUCUGCGCCCAAUGCCGGGAUGAACGCCUCUCACUUCGGCGGUGCUCAGCAGCAGUUCCCCGGCAAAGGCAACGCCAACCAGGCCUAUAUGCAGCAGGGCAUGUACGGACGGCCCGGCUACCCUGGCGGGGGCGGGUUUGCUGGCAACUACGCCGGGGUCCCCAAUUCCGGACCCGGAGGCAUGGGCAUGCCUCCACACUCGCGUCCGCCGUCAGACUUCAGCCAGCCCGCAGCGGCGGCUGCUGCUGCUGCCGUUGCCGCCGCUGCCGCCACGGCAACUGCCACCGCCACGGCCACCGUUGCCGCCCUGCAGGAAACUCAGAACAAGGACAUGAAUCAGUACGGACCGAUGAGUUCCUCCUUCCAGAUGGCACCAAACCAGGCCUACACUAGCCAGUUCAUGAGCCAGGCGGGACCUCGUGGACCCGCCUCCCUCCCCGGGAACAUGGCCUCGGGCAUGAACGCAUCGAACAUGAGCGGCCCGCCGAUGGGGAUGAACCAGUCGCGGGGCCAAGGUAUGGGGCCCUUCGGAGGCCACGGCCAACGGAUACCCCAGCAAGGCUACGGCGGAGCCCGAGCCCAAGCUCAAGCACAAGCACAAGCACAAGGCAUGCCAGUGCUGGGCAUGAAGAGGCCCUAUCCCGGCGAGCCAAACUACGGGGGCCAGCAGUAUGGAGCGAACAACCAGUUCCCGAGCCAGCAGGGCCAGUACCCGACAGCCGCCGGUUCCAGGCCGCUGCCGCCGGGCAACUACCCCGGCCAGCGGGUGGCGGGACAGCCGCUCCACUCCCAAUAUCCGCCGCCCACUGGUCCCAUGGGCGGCCAGUAUUAUAAGCAAGAGCCGUCUUUCAACGGCCAAAGCACCAACUUCUCUGGCAGCGGUUUUCAGUACGGCCAGGCUAAUAUGAACGGGCCACCCAGACCGAUGGGCAACUACCCCCACUCCCCAGUACCGGGCAACCCUACCCCUCCGAUGACCCCGGGAAGCAACAUCCCUCCGUAUUUAUCACCCAGUCAGGAUGUGAAGCCACCCUUUCCUCCUGACAUCAAACCAAAUAUUAGUGCUCUUCCUCCUCCGCCCGCCAACCACAACGAGGAGCUGCGCCUCACCUUCCCGGUGCGCGACGGGGUGGUUCUGGAGCCCUUCAGGCUCGAGCACAACCUGGCAGUCAGCAAUCACGUCUUCCACUUACGGCCCUCGGUGCACCAGACGCUCAUGUGGAGGUCGGACCUGGAGCUGCAGUUCAAAUGCUACCACCACGAGGACCGGCAGAUGAACACCAACUGGCCGGCUUCGGUGCAGGUCAGCGUCAACGCCACGCCGCUCACCAUCGAGCGCGGAGACAACAAAACCUCCCACAAGCCCUUGCACCUGAAGCACGUCUGCCAACCGGGCAGGAACACCAUCCAGAUUACCGUCACGGCCUGUUGCUGCUCGCACUUGUUUGUGCUACAGCUGGUCCACAGGCCGUCGGUCCGCUCCGUCCUGCAGGGUCUGCUGAAGAAGAGGCUCUUGCCGGCCGAGCACUGCAUCACCAAAGUCAAGAGGAACUUCAGCAGCGUAGCCUCGUCCUCGGGCAACGCCGGGCUCAAUGGCGAGGACGGCGUGGAGCAGACGGCCAUCAAGGUGUCGCUCAAGUGUCCCAUCACCUUCCGGCGAAUCCAGCUGCCGGCCAGAGGCCACGACUGCAAGCACGUUCAGUGUUUCGACUUGGAAUCGUAUCUCCAACUGAACUGCGAGCGAGGCACGUGGCGAUGUCCUGUGUGCAAUAAAACGGCGUUGUUAGAAGGGCUGGAGGUGGACCAGUAUAUGUGGGGCAUUUUGAACGCCAUUCAAAACUCCGAAUUGGAGGAGGUGACGAUCGACCCGACGUGUAGCUGGCGGCCCGUGGCCAUCAAGUCUGAGAUCCACAUCAAGGAGGACCCGGACGCUCCCCUGGCCAAGCGCUUCAAGACCAUGAGCCCCAGCCAGAUGAUAAUGCCCAACGUGACCGACAUGAUCGCUCAGUUGGGACCAGGGCCCUCGCAGCAAGCCGCCGGCACCGGCGAAUAUGCCACUCAAGGCAACAGUUACCACGGCAACUUUGAGUUCCCGCACGGAGCACCGGGCGCCACGUCCGUCAACGACUUCAUGCACGGGCCUCAACUGUCGCACCAGCCCGACUUGCCCGGCAGCCUGAUGAACGCCGCCGACAAGCCUCUUUCCCACAGCGUGCCCGACUCGAUACCUCACCCUUCCGUCAACGAGCCGCCGCACGGCACCUUGCAGCAGAGCAUACACGGGUCGCCGCAUUCGAGUGGCCAGUCGGGGCAACAGCAACAACUCCACCAUGGCGGACCCCCUCCACCCUCGCGGCAACCGCCGCCGGCCCCUCCUCCUCCUCUUCAGCAGCAGCAGCCCGGUGCAAACAGCCACCCUCAUGGCGACCUGACCUUCAACACUUCCAGCAGUUUGGACGGCCAAGCCGGCUCGGACAUGCCCGAACCUUCUUUAGACCUUCUUCCAGAGCUGGCCAACCCGGAUGAGCUUUUGUCCUACUUGGACCCGCCCGGCCUCCCCAGCAAUAGCAACGAUGACCUCCUGUCGCUCUUUGAAAACAACUGACAAAAAUCCAAAACAAGGAGAGAAAAAAAAAAAAAAAAAAAGGUUUGUACUUGAUGAACACAACAAAGAUGCACUCCCCUUCUCUUCUUCCUCAUGUAUAGUUUUGCUUGAGAAACAAGAAGCCGACUUGACCGGAUGGUUUGCUUUGGACUCAUUGCGCUCGGCAGCAUCGGGCGGCCUGAAAGCACCGCAUCACUUUUGCUUCAACAUUGGCCAAGUGUCCAAUUGAAGCCAUGUCAAUACUUUCCGGAAUGUCUUUGAAGCGCGUCACCCCAGCCACAAUUUUGGAUGCUUCUGGAAUUCAUUUCAGAUGGCCAUCAAUACAAAGGAAAGUGUUUCCCCCCCAAAUUGUUGACACACACGAGUGAAUUAGGCUGCAGUUCUUCGCAGUCUCUGAGUUGCCUCGUGGAUCACUUUUGUCCGCUCAUGCUGUAGAAAUGGGCUCGUCCGCUUCCCGGGUCUGAGCACGUCCCGCUCCGGAGCAGCCCUCGUCUUCUAUUGGAUCACGUUGCAAGCUCGCGUGGAAAAUCACUUCCGAAGCUAUUUACUGCCACCUCAGACAAAGAUCAAAAAUCAUCUGAGGAUUCAUUUAAGGCGACUUUCUCGACCUAUGGCAGAUGAAAUGGCCACGCCCUCUUCCGCUUCUUUCUGCUGGCAGCCUUUUACACAAUGUGCAAAGUGUGCCAAGCGAAUCAAUCGUAUUUGUUGGAUUGAUUUCAACACUAACACGGGAAGGCACAUUGCUGAAAUCAUUUACCGGUUUUUUGUUUUUUUUUCUGCCUCAUCCAACCAAACACAUUUUGGCUAACCGCAAAAGGGCGAAAACAAAGUGAAGUGUGCACGAUCGCGAUGCGUGCAUGCGUGCGUGCGUUUGAUCCGAGCCAUGGCAAACCUUUCCUUGAUUGACUGCCAGCGUCCGUUUGAAGCAGAAGUAUGCAAAUGUAUUAUUUUCUAACAAGUGCUAUUGUGGCUGCUGUUAAUAUCAUUGUCAAUAUUUUGCUAUCAUGUCAAUGACAAAAAAUACGAAUUGUCUGUCGUCCUCAUCCUCCUCACAUGAGGCACACUUGGCCACUCCAAAAUAAUUUCCUGUUUGUUUCAUCAUACAGCAACAUGAUUCUAUAUUUUGAUUUUUUUUUUUUUAAGCAAGCACAGAAGCCUGUCGAAGAUACUGAACUGUUUCAAUUUUUUUAUUUGCUGGUAUUCAGUGUGAUCACAUUUGUUGUUAAUACACUAAACAUGUGCCAGGCAUAUAUCUGUAAGAAAUAUUUUAAAACAUUGUCCUUAAACACACACGCUAAAGAUUUUAUUAUAUUUGUCAUAAAACAUGUUGUGGGGUUGUGGCCAUAUACAUGUCAUCUCCUUGUCCCCCCUUCUGUUAUAAUUUAUUUUGUGUUUUUUAAAAAUUAUUUUUCUGUAAGGCUUGAAACCCGACGUCUGUCACUGUAGCUUGUGUUUUUUUGUUGGCCCACAGGGUCACCUAUGUUUUUUUUUAAAUGUACUUUUGCCUUUUCAUCCGUAAUUCCAGAAAGUCAAUAUCUCACUCUAGUCUAUUAUUAUUAUUAUUAUUAUUAUUAUUACUACUACUACUUUUUGUUGCCAUAUAAAUUCCACAUUCCCUUAUUUUGAUAAUUUAUUUUGUACUUACACACUUGUUUUUAUUUUUUUGUGCUUGCUGGCUUUCAAUGAAUGUGAGUGAAUAUCAUUGUUGUCAGUACAGUGAUAUUUUUAAAGAGCAUAUUUUAAAUAAAUCCUCUGUAUUGUUUGACAUGAUAGAAAAAGUAUUUUUAUGAUGGAAAAUUUCAUCCCUUGCUCUUUUUUAAUAAUUUAUUUUUUUACUCUUUUAUCCUUCUGUUAGGCUAGGAAGCAAUUGUCUCUUGCUGGAGCCUCCCUACGCUUUUUAUUAAAAUGUCAUUUAAAUCACUUUGCAUUUCAGCACACUGACAAAAAAUGACUAUACACUGCCACAUCAUUUUAUUUUAGUAUGAAACAUGGGAUGAAUUCAUGUUGAUUCGUUUCUUGCAUACAGGUGAGCCACUUUUGUGUAUCCUCAAUCUGUACUUGCACAAUCACAUUAAAGGGCACACAUACACACACACAUAUAUAUAUAUAUAUAUAUAGGUCUGGAAAUUUACAGGACAAAGCGAGGUUAUCUGUAUAUAUGUGAAUAAAAAUAGAGACGUGAACAAAAAUGUAUUCAUGUUCCCUGGGAAUGUGCAUUGUUUGCUCCGAAUAAUAAAAGAUUUUUCAACCAUUCCACUGGAAGUGGGAAAUUGUUAGUUUGAGCCCCUACCCCCAUUUUUGGGACUCAUCGUGUUAAAUGAAAUGUUCUUCUCUGUCUCUUCUAUACUAAAGAAAAAAAGGAAAAGCAAAAUUUGUCCAGAAGAUUGUAAGUAAAGCCACAUUUUUUAUAUCAUGGACAAGCCACGGUCUGUGUUUGUAUUAUGUACAAUCAUUUCAUACUGACGGAUUUUUUUAAAGUCUUGCAGAGCUGCUGUAUGUAGUUAGAACAUGUGACACCCUCAUAUUUAUCUAAUAAAUAUGCAUUCAUAUCA